AUGCAGCGAAUAAUAUGGACUCUCCAAUUGUUUCAGUUAUACAUAUGCCACAGUAAUGCACUCUACGCCAAACUGUCCACUGCAACUGAGACAUUGCAGCCCAGCCAGACGCCCAAACGCCCUGAACGCCUUGAACAACGUGCUGUACCUUCUGAAAUGAUUACUUGCGGUUACAAAAAUGGCGGCCCGACAGCUAUGACGACAGUCGAGUCUGGCAGUGCCCUGUGUCGCUUCAGUACCCAAAAUGGCCUUUGGGGCAUUUGUAAAAGUACUGGGGAUUCGAAAUGUACCCUUGCUGGACGAUGUCGCGACCAGCAUGAUUGCUCAGAUGGCUGUGGGACGACAGAGAACCUCAAGUUCAGAAUGACAUCCUGCAAGAGGGUCGAAUGCUGCAAUUUUGCAUACCUGAUCAUGGAUGAAGGUCACAAACACACCUAUGUCGCCUGCGGUGCCGUCGUUGCAAGAUACCUAGGACAUCACCCCAAAAGUCCUGGCAUUGACAAAAGCCGUUUCACAAACGACAUCGACAAGAGUGACAUGGGCGCGAUAUUCGGUGGUGUCACUGGGGGCCUGGCUGUGGUUUGCGGAACUGCUGUCGCGAUUAUAUAUCUCCUCCGAGAGAGUCGUGCACAGAAGCCGGAGGCGACACCAGAAAAAGGACAGGGGAUGAUCGAAGUAUCGGGUCAGACAGAAACGGACAAUGGACCCAAGGAGUUGGUUGGAUUGAAGGCCUCGGAUGUCCCAGCGAACCUUCAACCAGACAAGUUGCAUGGAACACUUGCUCCUCGUCUACCUCACCCUGUGGAAUUACCGUAG